CUAGCGCUCAAGCUCCGCCCCCAGGCUCCUAGCGCCCCUCCCCCCCAGCGCAAACCCCUCUUUUACGGGGCGCUUCCGGCUGCGCCUAGCCAAAUCCCAGGACUUGUAAGGGUCACGUGUCGCAGGACAGCCCAAUCAGCCCACUGACCAUGCCCGCGGGCGUGCCCUGGACCACCUACCUGAAGAUGUUCACCGCCAGCCUCCUGGCCAUGUUCGCGGGGUCCCAAGUGGUGCACAGGUACUACCUGCCGGACCUGACAAUACCUGAAAUCCCACCAAAGCCUGGAGAACUCAAAACGGAGCUUUUGGGACUGAAAGAGAGGCAACACAACCCUCAAACUUCUCAGCAGUAGAAACCUCAAAAUACAACCCUGCCAAGAACUCUGUGAAUAAGUCUUAAAUAUAUAUUUUUAAAAUUGA